AGCCGUGUCGCGAGUUCUGGUACAUCUUUUCCGGCACGAGGAACCGGACCUUGACGAACGAAACAAUUGCGGAUUUUUAUCCGAACAGGACUUUAGCCAUCGGGCAGUAUUUGGUCGAGGAGGUGACGGAAUCGAAUGUUAAUGUGACUUACAACCCUUGUGGGGUUUAUCCGGAGGAAAUCCGGCAGAAAGUGAUUUCUCCGAAGACGAACGGGACCAGCAACUUACCCCCGGAUUUCUUCGUGUCCAGCUCUAGCAUCAUCACAACGGAGUCCGAUUUCAUGUUCGACACCGCGACGGAAGACGCUGCAAACGCAAGGCCGACGAUCCGAACCGGCACUUUCUUCAACG